GUGGGCGUGGCGUCGGGCUCAGCGAGAGAGAAAAGCAAAACAAUCAUUUUUAUCCCUUUUGACCGGCUGCUUUUAGGGUCCGUAGUGAAAUACACUCUCGACAGGGAGUCGUAGUCUACACAAUACUGUUAAAUGCAUCUUAUGCUCAGCACUAAAAUCUUCCGAGCGCUGGUGAUUUUGCUUUAGUCAGAUUUGAUCCAGGGUGAGAAUGACUUCCAAGCGGCUCCUCGAGCAGCCUCGAGCCGGCGACAGCACGCGUGAAGGGGGCUGCGCCGCGCACCGCGAGUCGGUCACCGGGAAAGCGUUCAAAACACACGCGCUGCAUGAAGGUGCACUAAGAAACUUUGGCAAGGAGAUCUCUCCAAAUGGACAUUAUUAUACCCCAACGAGAGAGCGGCACUACAUUCAUAAGAAGUUUGCAUGUGGCAGAGAGGACGACGAACAGAGCUCAGGUGGGGUCCUUAAACAUGGCUGCCCUGCUCAUCGCCUGAUCCUGAAUGGCUUCAGGCUACAAGACCAAACCCACAUGGAGGCCCGGAGCCCAGUGAGAGGGCCAGGGGAGCCAGGGUGUCGCCUGCCGUCUCCCGAGACACCGCGCCCACACACGUCCUCCAUCAUCCCCGUCCCACAUGACAGGAGGCCUUCUGGUCUUGCUGAUAAAGAGGUGAUGGCUGCCACCGUCCUGACCAUACUGUCCACCAGCCCGUUGGUGCUCAACCCUUCCUCCAGUGCCUCAGGUGCAGAUUUGGCUGGUAAGGGCUGGAAGGAGAGCCUGUCUGCCAGCUACAGCAGCUCUACCAGUGGGAACUGGAGCUGGGACGCCAGCGACCAAUCGGUGCCCUCCACUCCGUCCCCACCCCUCUCCAAUGAUCCCGGCAAGAACUUCCUGCUUUCCUCCCAGAGUGAUGACAACAUUGAGGAAACCGAGAGUACACACUUCCUGUUUGAGGACCCCAUCCCCCGAAAAAGAAAGAACUCCAUGAAGGUGAUGUUUAAGUGUCUGUGGAAGAACUGUGAAAAAGUCCUCAGCACUUCCUCAGGGAUCCAGCGCCACAUCCGCACCGUCCACCUGGGGCGAAAUGGCGAUUCUGACUACAGCGAUGGCGAGGAGGAUUUCUACUACUCUGAAAUCGAGGUGAACAUGGACACGCUUUCAGAAGGGCUGUCCAACCUCACGCCCACCUCUCCUACUACAUCCGGACCGGCCCCCGUCUUCCCCAUCUUGACUUGUGAUGCGUCGCGAUCUGAGCCCGCCCUCAUGAUCCACACCCCGCUCAGCCAAUCAGCACCGUCGACCCUGUGCCAUAUCCGCACUGACCACGCUUACCAGGCUACAACCCCUGUCAGCAUUCCCAGCAUGCCCUCUGAUCCGCCUCACAGUGAGGACAGGAUUAGUGUAUCCUGGCAGUCGCCCCCUGUCAUAUAUAAAGCUCUACCGGGCCCGAUGACUCAAAUCCGCACUGUUAGCAUCGGAGAGAAGAGACAGCCUGUUAACCACACCACUGUCAGCAAAACACACGCCAGCACCACCUCCACUGCCAAACCCACUACUGGAACCAGGAAACCACGUGGCGAAGCCAAGAAGUGCCGAAAGGUGUACGGCAUGGAGAAGAGGGACCUGUGGUGCACAGCGUGCCGCUGGAAGAAGGCCUGCCAGCGCUUCACUGACUGAGCUUCAUCCUUUACCCCACUUCAAAACGUGCUCUUUUACUGCGGCUGUUCCACGGACUGAGCGCCGGUGUCUCCUGCACACUCUCAGAGUGAACUUCAUGAGCUGAGAUGUGUCCUUCUGAAGCAUGUGGCCUUUUUAAUGUCACUGAUUCCUCCAGGCCACAAGGGGUGCUCUUUUCUUACCGCUUCCAUAGUGGAACACUGAGACU